AUGAGUCGAAGCACCGUGGGCAGCCCUGCGGCGGCGUACCAGGUGUACGUGCUGGCAGUAAUAGGCAAAGGAGACAUCCCCUUGUACGAAGCCGAUCUAUCCAUGAACGUGAAAAAGGACAUUUCAGAGCACCUGGCACAAUUCAUCAUCCAUCAGUCGUUAGAUUCUUUGGAUGUCCUCGUGUGGAAGAGCACCAGUCUGUUCUUAAAAACAGUCGAUUCGUUUAACAGCUAUUCGGUAUCUGCGUAUUGUACCACUGGCCAUGUAAAGUUUUUACUUCUUCAUAAGAACAAGAAUGAGGUGGGCAGCGGCGGUGGAGGCAGCGGGGGAGGAGGCAGCGCCGGGGGACCCCCCAUCUAUGUGCCCUCCGAUGAUAACAUUCGAUCCUUUUUCGAGACCGUGCACGAAAACUACAUUAAGGUGUUAAUGAACCCGCUGUACGAGCCCAACGGGAUGAUUACGAGUUCUCUCUUUGACCAGAAUGUGCAGCUGGCGGCCAAGCGCUUCCUCCACGGGUGA